UGUCGCCAUCAGUCGCUACGUUAUUUCCUGCAGAACAAGCGGAGGUUUGACAGCGUCACGCAGCGAGGCGACACACCUCAACACUGGAGCCGAUCGGAAUCAGGGCGUCGGAUUGUCCUGGGACCGUGGUGUCCACCCAGGCAGCGGCGUUGUGAAAUGCCCCGGAUAGCUGCCUCUGAGUCUGGUGAGUGAGGGGUUGUUCCUCCUAGGUUUGCCUUGAUCUCCACCAUGGCAGGGGAUCUCUUUAGUCCCCCGUCCCCACUGGGGGAUUCCCUGCUGGACAGUCCGCUUUGUGGAGACCUUAUGGAGGAUCUUCGAGACAUCUCGCAGUCCAUCGGAGACGACGCGCUUGGAUUUGAUUUCCCCGUGUACCAGAGCACUGGCUCGGGGUCUGAGAGCUCAAUAGCACUGGACACUUUGACCCCGGCCUCCAGUCCUUCGUCGGGGGGUUGUGGAGCAGCGGGGGGUCCAGAAGAGAACUUCAGCCCCCUCAACUUGGAGUGCCGGGUGUGCUCCGACAAGGCCUCGGGCUUCCACUACGGGGUGCAUGCCUGCGAGGGCUGCAAGGGUUUCUUCCGGAGGACCAUCCGGCUAAAGCUAGAGUAUGAUAAAUGUGAACGCAACUGCAAAAUCCAGAAGAAGAACCGCAACAAGUGCCAGUACUGCCGAUUCCAUAAGUGCCUCUCUGUGGGAAUGUCCCACAAUGCCAUCCGCUUUGGUCGCAUGCCUCAGGCGGAGAAGCUAAAGCUAAAGGCAGAAAGCAAGAAGGUGGAGAAAGGGGUGGAAAGCCCCAUGCUGGUCGACCACAAAAUUCUGGUUGGUCAGAUCCACGAAGCCUACAUGAAGAACUUCAACAUGAACAAGGCGAAAGCUCGGCUCAUACUGACCGGAAAAACCAGCAAGCCGCAGCCUUUCAUCAUUCACGACAUGGAGACGUUCCAGCUGGCUGAGAGGACAUUAGCGGCCCAUAUGGUUAACGGUGACAAUCCUGAGAGCGGCCUUGAAGCAGGGCAGUUGAUUCUGGCCUUGGGGUGUGGGGAGCUUCAGCAGAGGGAGGCUGAAGCCAGGCUCUUCCACUGCUGCCAGAGCACCUCAGUGGAGACGGUCACGGAGCUGACGGAGUUCGCCAAGGCAGUGCCGGGUUUCCAGAACCUGGAUUUGAACGAUCAGGUUACUCUGUUGAAGUACGGCGUUUAUGAAGCCCUCUUCACCCUCCUGGCCUCCUGCAUGAACAAAGACGGCCUCCUGGUGGCCCGUGGUGGAGGCUUUAUCACCCGAGAGUUCCUCAAGAGCCUACGGCGGCCAUUUAGUGAUAUGAUGGAGCCCAAAUUCCAGUUUGCCACACGCUUCAACUCCCUGGAGCUGGACGACAGUGACCUGGCACUCUUUGUGGCUGCCAUUAUCUGCUGCGGAGAUCGCCCAGGGCUGGUGGAUGUGUCUCCAGUGGAGCAGCUGCAGGAAAGCAUCGUUCAGGCACUACGGCUCCACCUGCUGGCCAACCACCCAGACAACCAUUUUCUCUUCCCAAGACUGCUGCAGAAACUGGCUGACCUCCGGGAGCUGGUCACGGAGCAUGCUCAGUUGGUGCAGGAAAUCAAAACAACUGAGGACACGUCACUACAUCCGCUUCUGCAAGAGAUUUACAGGGACAUGUACUGAGGGGAUGGCACAUGGUCAUGGACAUAUCUUAGAACAAUUACUGUAUGUAUGUCACUCAAUGUGGUUGUACAUGAAUAUUAACUGAUACACUCAAGCAUAUCAGAGUACUGUAAGCUUUGGGCAGCUUCUAUGAGUGCACACAGCUUGAGUUGCAUUUAAUCCUGUAACUCUCUACUGGAACAAAAGAUAAAUUAAAUUAUUUUUUGAGGGGAAAAACAACUUUUGGAGGUGACUUGUGUAAAUAUGUGAAAGGGGACACAGUGGGGAACAACGUCUUUUGUUCUCACAUAAAAUAAGAGUGCACAUAUUUUUGAAUUGAAAGCACUCGCUAUGGAUUUGGUUCAGUGUGCUAGCAUUUACUCAUUAGUAGACUAUGCAAAUUUGAAUAGGAUUUAAAAUGGGUGUACAUACAUAAUAAAGAUACCCGGAUAUGACUGCUGCAGUCAUACGUGCCUGUGAACAACUGAAUAGUUCAACUCUCGCAAAAGAAGCAGACAUGAAGAUUUACUGAAAUGUUGGUUGUGCAAUAGGCACUAGCACUAUAAGAAAUAUUCCUAAUAUUUUAUAUAUUUAGUACAUUUCAGGUGUGAGUUUGGGUCUUUUGAAUUGCCUUUCUCAAAUGCCACAUCUCCCUCGUCCAUUUUGAGAUAAGUGGUUGGUGAAACACCUAUCAGUAUUGACCAAGUGCCAUAUUGUUUCCAUGCCUGAGCUCAUAUUACCUCUAAUUUGACCACACCUUAUUCAUUAAAGACAUAAAAAGUACAUAAUAACUUUGAGGUAGAUGUGUAACUUUUUAGUGUUGGAUCAGGGAAUAAGGAUAUUUUAGCAGCCAAUAAACAAAUGCAAGCAGUCAUUGUUUGAAAAAUAUUGCAAUUUCAUGUGUAACAUAUUUAUUGUAAUCCUUUAUAUUACUGCUAAACAACACGAUAGCUCACCUCACCUACUUUCUCAGAUGUUUUUUCUACAAAUCCUGCCAUUGAGACAUAUUUUUGGCCAAUGGCAGGGGAAUAUUUUCACCACAAACGCAAUAAUGUAUUAAACUGGUUUAUGUUUUAUUUUGUAGAUGUAAAACAGACGCUAAAAAAGAGCCGAUUGCCUCCUUUGCUGUACUUGUAGAAACAUUGUUUCUUGUCAUAAUGAAACUGUUUAUUUUGUGUAUCAUGUACAAUAAAAAUGCAUUUUCUUUUCAAUAAAAGGAAUUAUGCCAUGUUGUAGAUUCAAAUAAACUAAUAUAUAUCA